AUGACGAACCAUCGGUACCCGUGUUCAUUGCUGUUGCUCGUGACGGCGGUGGCCGCCGUCAACGUUCGAAUUUCCGCGCGCGAGGUGUCCCGCACUCCCGGCAACGCGACCGGCGCCGCGGAGAAAACGCCCGACGAUCAAAACAGUAAGGCAGCGGCCGACCGACUCCGCGACCGGAUGAUCCGGCUAACCAGUGAGCGCAGCAACGCGGUCGCCGCGUUGACCAUCGCCCAGCAACGGGAAUACAUGUUGGCGUUGCUGGAGCGUGAGAAAUACGAGUGAGACGACAUUAUCGAUAGCUAAUAAUAACCCCGGACAUGGCCGCCGUUUGGGGAGCGGAGGGGGUCCGCAGGGUACACCGUUGGCACGCCCAUUUUCUCUCUCUCUCUCACUAAUCGGUCUGGAAUUAAAAUUUACAAUUGCGCCGAUUAGCGAAUAAUAUGGCCAAUGCGUAAAAAUUGAAAUAUAUCAAUAAUCAUUACAUAUGGGGGUGGACUAGGUAAAGCACAUUGUUAUCUAUCAUUUAUUAGACGUGUACUAUUGGUAUGCACGACCAAAGCCAUUUCCAACUUUCCCGAUAACGUUUUUUUUUCCGUCGGUACGCAUAAAAAAUGAUUGUUGUAAUAUUGUUAUAAUAUCGUUGUAAUAUUCAUUUGUUAUCAAGCGACUAUCAACAACAACAAUAUUGACCACGUCCGUCGACAGAUUACCGGAAAAUACAUUCUUAAAAUAGAUUGAAAAUAAUAUUUUCAUUCAUUUUUUUUAGAUUCUGAGUGGAGCGAAGAAGCUUGUGGUUUUACAUAGAUGUUUAUUUAUUUUUUUUUUUUUUUAUCUAUUCUGUGAACAAAUUCUCUCGGAGUUUUCUCGGCGAAUGUGAAAAAACAUUGGGCAGACUUAGGAAAACCGGGGAAAUCGGUACAACAUUAAACAAAUAUUAUUAAAAAAAACAUAUAGAGCCUAUUUAAUUGUUUUACAAUAAUAUGGCAUAUAUAUUCUCGACAAACCACCACUAUCGACUGAACUCCGGUCAGAAUCGGUUUCUCGUAAGCAAUGGUCCAUCGUUGCUUACGGGUAUACAUUAAUUUACCUUAAAAUAUAUUAUACAGCUAUAAGUAUUUUUAUUCCAUAAGUAAGUCGGUAAGUCGGUUUUGUAAAUAAAUGUAUAAUUAACAAACGGCCCAUAAUUUUAAAAAUAAAUAAUUACAAAAUCCAAAAAAUAUAAAAAAAAAAAUGUUCAUGAAAAUAUAAAGCUCUAGUUCCACGCCGUACAUGCGGCUUGCGCACAAAAGAUGUAUGCAUUUACUAUUGUGAAAACAAAAUUGGUCCGCUUAGACUUUGGCACCCCUAUUGAAAAACUCAAACGGACCGCCCUUAAACCCCAACCCCCUCCCCUCCCGGGACUGUCUUCGGUCCAGACCAAUCGCCGAUUUACGCUUCACCGCUCCGGAAAUGCCCGGGAAAAUAGUUUUUCCCACCAACGUCGCACAACAAUGAGCGGGGUGGCCGUGCGGACCGCGUAUUCAUUUGUACAGUCGCCUUUUAUUGUCUUCGUGUUGGCUGUCGCGAUGUUACUAACGUAUUGUUGCGCCGCGGCCGUAGGUGUUUGCACGCGACCACGGACAAGAUGCGCAGGCUGGUGCACGGCAUGCGACAAGCCGACGACGGCGCGUACCAGGAGACGUGCGACCGGAGACAGACGGCCGCCGUCACUGCGCGGCCGCUGGGCCGGUCGGGUCGCCGACUGCACGUGUGCCGCCAGCUGCUGGCCGCCGCCGAAGUCGGUCUGACGCGCAUCGAGACCGACCGGCAACUGCGACACGCCGGCGGUCCGUAG